CCAGUUCAUAAGCCCGAUCCGGAACCAAACCGGUUCCGAAUCGAAAGACUUUCAGUCCGGUUUAAUCCCGGUUUACAGCAGAGCAACCGGUUUACAGGCAUCGUAAAUGACGUCCGGCACGAGACUUCCGUCAUGGAAAGAGAGAGAAAACAACAAACGGAGAGAACGACGGCGAAGGGCGAUCGCGGCGAAGAUCUUCGCCGGACUUAGAAUGUAUGGUAAUUUUAAGCUCCCAAAACACUGUGAUAAUAAUGAGGUGUUGAAAGCUCUGUGUAAUGAAGCUGGUUGGAUUGUUGAAGAAGAUGGCACCACUUACAAAAAGGGAUGCAAGCCAGUAGAACGUAUGGAUAUUAUAGGUUAUUCAGCAUCUGUAAAUCCCUGCUCAUCUUACCAACCGAGUCCAGGUGCUUCGUAUAAUCCAAGCCCUGCUUCCUCAUCUUUCCCUAGCCCGGUCUCAUCCCAUUACGUUGCAAAUACCCAAAAUAAUUCGGAUCCCAACUCACUAAUUCCUUGGCUUAAGAAUCUGUCAUCCGGUUCAUCGCCUUCUUCUUCCAAAUUUCCCCACCAUUUGUACAUUCCGGGGAGCUCUAUAAGUGCGCCCGUUACUCCACCUUUGAGCUCUCCUACAGCUCGUACUCCUAGGAUGAGCGAUGAUCCCGCAGCCAAUUCAACGUCAUGGGUACAACAACACUAUGCUUUCUUGCCGUCCUCUACCCCAGCUAGUCCUGGUUGUCAAACACCACCCGAUUCAGGUUGGCUUUCUGGUGUUCAAACUCCACAAGACGAGCCUUCAUCUCCCACAUUUAGCCUUGUCUCGCCAAAUCCAUUUGGAUUUAAGGAGCCACUAUCGUACGGAGGGUCUCGGAUGUGGACACUAGGGCAAAGCGGGACAUGUUCUCCAGCAAUUGGAGCAGGUAUCGACCGAACAGCUGAUAUACCAAUGUCAGAUGCUAUUUCAGCGGAGUUUGCGUUUGGCAGCAAUAUGAAGGGAUUAGUAAAGCCAUGGGAAGGUGAAAGAAUUCAUGAGGAAUGUGUGACCGAUGAUCUGGAGCUUACACUUGGGAACUCUAGCACAAGGUAAUCCUUUCUAUUACCUACUUUUGUCGAAAGUAUCUUUGCUACCCAUACAAGGAUGGAAAGUUGAUUGUAGAAAGGGGCUGAUUAUCAUAAUGUUGGCCUGAGAUGAAUUGAAAUAGGGAACAUGGUAUGAUUCAUAUAGUCGACCCCAACUUGUUUGGGAUUGAGUCAAUUGUUGUUGUUGUUACUUCGCAAAUAGAGUAGUGCAAUGAGAAAUCUAUUUAUUCAUUGAUUUGGUCAUGACCUAUCUUUGUGCAAGGUUUGAAAUUAACUUC